CUUGUUUGAGCAGAGGAAGUGUGAGGCCCUUUAGCAGCUACAACUCUGCAGCCUUCUCGAUAACAUGGGCUUUGCCUGCACUCCCCCUGGAGCCUGUGUGAGCCACUCAGCCCAGAGCAGCCACCGCUGAUGGAGGGCUGGAGAACCUGCACCCACUGACUCUCUACUGCCAGCUCCCAGGACGGGCUAUGUUCUGUGUCUGAAGGCUUCGAGUGCCUUCCACGGCUCGAGGAGAGAAAGACAUGGGGAACAGCAUGAAAUCCACAUCUCUACCUUCGGAGAGGCCAUUACCCAGCACUGAGGGACUUGAAAGUGACUUUCUGGCUGUGCUGAAUGACUACCCAUCUCCUGACAUCAGCCCCCCAAUCUUCCGGAGAGGAGAGAAACUGCGUGUCAUUUCUGAUGAAGGGGGCUGGUGGAAAGCCAUUUCUCUCAGCACUGGCCGGGAAAGUUAUAUUCCAGGGAUAUGUGUGGCCAGAGUAUACCAUGGCUGGCUGUUUGAAGGACUGGGCAGGGACAAGGCUGAGGAACUGCUGCAGCUGCCAGACACAAAGAUUGGUAGCUUCAUGAUUCGAGAGAGUGAAACAAAGAAAGGUUUCUACUCACUGUCAGUAAGGCACAGGCAGGUGAAGCAUUACCGCAUCUUCCGCCUGCCCAACAACUGGUACUACAUCUCCCCAAGGCUCACCUUCCAGUGCCUGGAGGAUCUGGUGGCUCAUUAUUCUGAAGUGGCUGAUGGACUAUGCUGUGUGCUUACCACACCUUGCCUGGCACAGAACACACCUGCUCCAGCAGCUCACCCAUCACCCGGCACCAGUCCUGGUUCACCUGUCACCUUGCGCCACAAGACCUUUGACUGGAAGAGGGUAUCCAGAUUGCAAGAAGGUCCAGAGGGAGCAGAGAACCCACUCAGAGUGGAUGAAUCCCUUUUCAGCUAUGGUCUUCGGGAAAGCAUCGCCUCCUACCUGUCCCUGACAGGGGAUGACAGCAGCUCCUUCGACCGGAAGAAGAAGAGUCUCUCCCUAAUGUACACUGGCAGCAAACGCAAGAGUUCCUUUUUUUCAGCACCCCAGUACUUUGAAGAUUAGUGCCCUUGCUGGUGCACAAAAGACAAAGGUUUUGCCUGCCACCUGGGGUCUUAUGGAGGCUAGAGUUCCUCCUUGGUUACCUCAGGUCUUCGAGGAAACAAGGGAAAGCACACAAAGCCUGUCUUUACAUACUGAUCGGAGGAACUCCUCCCUGUUGUCUGAUCAGUAUUGUGGAGCUACAUCGUGUUUGAAUCAUGAUGAAUUGGGGCAGUACUUCAAAGAACUGUGUGUAUGACUGUGUGUAUGUAGAACAGAACACUCUUGCAAGGAUACUUGGAGACUGACUCUGAUUCACAGUCCAAAUGGCCCUUCUCUGAGACCCUGUGGAGAGCAUCCAUCUGAGAAAGAACAUGGGGAAGAUGGCCUUCUUAGAUCUCCAGAACAACCUCUACCUGGAUCAAAACUACCUUUAUAGGUCCAGUGAGACCUUUGGGCUAAGGCUCUUCUCUUUCUAAAAGGACCAGUGACACUAAACAGUAUUCAGAAGGGCUUACAGCUCUGAGCUGAAUGGUAUCUUCACCAUUCAGGGGUACCAAAGUGACAUGGGCAGGAGCAGAUGGCCAUGCUAAGUCACAGGAGAGUAUAGGGUAGUGAGAGGCCAAACAGGAGAGGGAGGAGGCAGCUCUAAUGCAAAAACUUCUCAGACAGACAAUCUGGACUCAUCCAGCUGCCGGGGUUCUAUGUUCUAGGACCCCCAUUCCUCAUGCCUAUUGGAAGAUGCCUGGGGGAAGAAGUACUGUGCUGAGGUCAAAUGGGAAUAAACAAGGUAUGAAUGGAAUUCCUUAAUGCUGGGAUUCUGGCUGGAGCAGAGAGAUAAGAACAACACAAUGUAACCCUGAAUGUGAAACAGGGGACUCUCACAGUUACAAUGGACUGAGGACGAGUGAGGGUUACCCAGGUGCUCUUAUUCCCAUGGAUCUACAAGGAAAACAAGGCUUGUUGGACCAAGUAGAUGCUUAGUUGUUUGUUAGUUACUGUUUUUUUUUUUUUAAGGACACUGGUUGGCUUUGGAGAAUUAAUUUAUCCUGUAUAUUUUCCUGUAAGAAAGGCUGGCAUCUGCAUGAAUAAGAAUGCCUCUUUCCAGGAAAGGGGGGCUGGAGAAGCUGAAUGCUUCCAUAUAUGAUUGUGAGAGGUGAGAGAAAACCCACAGAAAGAGAAGCCUUCAUCCUGUCUCACACCUAUAUCUGGAAUGGGAGGCAGGAUAGCCAUGCCUCAUUCCUCCCUGUUUAUCACAAGGAUUCUUGGUAAGAGAAAUACAGGAGGGAUUUAUCAUCCAUCCUGUGCAUUCCAUAUACCAGGGCUCAGCCUGCAGAUGGCACAAGAUGGCCUUGACACAAUGUCACAUAUUGUCAGAUCUGGUGAUUUUACACCUAAGAGGCAUGGGUGUUCUCCAAGGUCUUUCCAAAAGGCUAUUUCAAAGUUAUUGGUCAGUGUGUGAGAAACAAAUGUCAUACAAUGUCAGUGACUUCUGCUAUGAGGCUAUGAUCUCUGGCUCCUGUUAUGUCUCUAUUUCUGUUUUCUGUUGUGGUGAAUGUGAUUGGAACUUUGAGUAGCACUGGAGGUUCUUGUAAAUGGGAAGCAUUACACUUUGCCAAAUCAUGUAUUUAUUCCUGAUUAAAGUAAAACUAAUACUUA